ACGCUCGCUGGUGCGUAGGUACGUCGCGUCUCCACCCCCCCACCCCGGUAACCGGGGAAGCGGCGGCAGAGGCGGCUGCGGUGCCCGAGGGAUAUACUGGGGACAUCAUGAAUUGGAAUAAAGGUGGACCUGGUACUAAGAGAGGCUUUGGUUUUGGUGGAUUUGCCAUAACACCUGGAAAGAAAGAGGAGCCCAAACUCUCUCAGCAGUCUCAUAGUGCUUUUGGAACAGCCGGCUCUUCUGCUGCGUUUGCGAAAUCGGGACCUCCUCAGCUGCCUUCUUUCUAUAAAAUUGGGUCAAAGCGAGCAAAUUUUGAUGAAGAGAAUGCAUACUUUGAAGAUGAAGAGGAAGAUUCCAGCAAUGUGGAGUUGCCGUACAUUCCCGCAGAGAAUUCCCCCACUCGCCAGCAGUUUCAUUCCAAAUCGGCAGACUCUGACAGCGACGACGAUCCUCUGGAGGCGUUCAUGGCUGAAGUGGAGGAUCAAGCUGCUCGAGACAUGAAGAGACUUGAAGAUAAAGACAAAGAAAAAAAGAUUGUUAAAACACCGGAUCCAAAUCACCACCUGGGGAAGUUCUGAACUGGAUUUGCUCUUCCUGGCUCAUAUUCCUCUUCAGUUAUGAGACUUCUGUAGCAUCAAGAGCUUAGACCAGGAUGAUCUUUGAUGUGGCUUCUACUGGGAAGACGGAGUCCUAAUCUUUCAGUCUCGUUAAUAGAAGUAAAAAUAAGACUUGCAGGGUUGCUGUGAUGGUUGGCACCAAAUACAAAAACUCCAUGGGUUGGGUUUAUGAAUGUUACUGAGUUGUAGUGUUGUGUCUUCCACCAAAUAGGGAGCUCAGCGCUAAUCAAAUGCAAGUAUGGAGCUGAGUUUGUGGAACACUUGCAGGGAAGUUUUUUUUCUCCGCUUGUUUUUCCAGGGGUAUUCGAGAUGACAUUGAAGAGGAAGAUGACCAAGAAGCUUAUUUUCGCUACAUGGCUGAAAACCCUACUGCUGGUGUGGUCCAAGAAGAGGAAGAGGAUAACUUGGAGUAUGAUAGUGAUGGGAAUCCGAUAGCUCCGUCCAAAAAAAUCAUUGAUCCUCUUCCACCUAUUGACCAUUCAGAGAUUGAAUAUCCACCAUUUGAGAAAAAUUUCUACGAUGAGCAUGAGGAGAUCACCACUCUCACCCCGCAGCAAGUGGUGGAGUUACGUCACAAGCUGAACCUCCGGGUCUCCGGUGCUGCUCCUCCAAGGCCUGCCAGUAGUUUUGCUCACUUUGGGUUUGAUGAGCAACUUAUGCAUCAAAUUAGGAAAUCCGAGUACACGCAGCCCACUCCUAUACAGUGUCAGGGUGUUCCAGUUGCCCUCAGUGGCAGAGACAUGAUUGGGAUAGCGAAGACUGGAAGUGGGAAAACAGCGGCUUUCAUCUGGCCGAUGUUGAUUCACAUCAUGGAUCAAAAGGAGCUUCAGCCGGGGGACGGUCCCAUUGCCGUGAUCGUGUGUCCAACCAGAGAGCUUUGCCAACAGAUCCAUUCUGAAUGUAAGCGCUUCGGUAAGGCGUAUAAUCUGCGCUCCGUAGCUGUUUACGGAGGAGGGAGCAUGUGGGAGCAAGCCAAAGCCCUCCAGGAGGGAGCGGAGAUCGUUGUCUGCACACCAGGUCGACUGAUUGAUCAUGUGAAAAAGAAAGCUACCAACCUCCAAAGAGUCACUUACCUUGUGUUAGAUGAAGCUGACAGGAUGUUUGAUAUGGGUUUUGAAUAUCAGGUCAGAUCAAUCGCAAGCCAUGUACGUCCUGACAGACAGACCCUCCUGUUCAGCGCCACUUUCCGGAAGAAGAUUGAGAAAUUGGCUCGAGAUAUCCUGAUCGACCCAAUUCGAGUUGUGCAGGGAGACAUUGGAGAGGCAAAUGAAGACGUUACUCAAAUUGUGGAGAUUUUCCCCUCUGGCCCCAGCAAGUGGAACUGGCUGACUCGGCGCCUCGUGGAGUUCACGUCUUCUGGGAGCGUCCUCCUGUUUGUCACCAAGAAGGCAAAUGCAGAAGAAUUGGCCAACAACCUCAAACAGGAGGAUCAUAGUCUGGGGCUGCUCCAUGGUGACAUGGACCAGAGCGAGAGGAAUAAAGUCAUUUCGGAAUUUAAGAAAAAGGGCAUCCCGAUACUGGUAGCUACUGAUGUGGCAGCCCGUGGGUUAGAUAUUCCUUCCAUUAAGACCGUCAUCAAUUACGACGUGGCUCGGGACAUAGAUACGCACACCCAUAGGAUCGGUCGUACUGGCAGAGCAGGCGAGAAGGGAGUCGCCUACACUCUGCUGACUCCCAAAGACAGUAACUUCGCUGGUGAUCUGGUCAGGAACCUGGAAGGCGCUAAUCAACACGUUUCCAAAGAGCUGUUGGAUCUAGCAAUGCAGAACCCGUGGUUUCGGAAAUCACGUUUCAAAGGAGGAAAAGGCAAGAAGCUGAAUAUCGGUGGUGGUGGUUUAGGGUACCGCGAACGUCCUGGUCUGGGAUCAGAAAAUUCUGACCGUGGAAACAACAAUAGCGUGAUGAGUAACUACGAGGCGUACAAACCAUCUACUGGGGCAAUGGGAGACAGGCUUACGGCAAUGAAAGCAGCUUUCCAGUCCCAGUAUAAGAGCCACUUCGUUGCUGCAAGCUUAAAUAACCAAAAGACUGGGAGCUCCGCUGCUGGUGCCAGCGGCUGGACCAGCGCUGGCAGCUUGAACUCGGUACCGACAAGUUCAGCACAGCAAAACGCUGCAAAUCCUGACAGCCCGAUUGCAGCCGCCACCGCGGCAAAGGGUGUUCCGGGCUUCACCAGCACGGGGAAUUUGAGCAGCGUUCCCUCCUUCCCGAGCGUCGGAGCGCAGGGCUUCAACAACGCGAACGCCAGCGCCAGCAAUCGAGAAGGCAUCGGCUGCGGCGGCAGCGGCGUGGCUGCUGCUGGGGGCGGCGGUGGCAUUGUCAGAGAACGAUACAACGACAACCGGAACAGUCGCCACAACGAAAUCCCGCGCCGCGGAGAGGGAGGCGGUCGUGUAGAGGGAGGCGGUCGCUACAACGAUGUGCAACGCCACGAUGUGCAACGCCACGAUGUGCAACGCCACGAUGUGCAACGCCACGGAGAAGGAGGCGGUCGCCACAGUGACGCUUAUCGCCAUGGAGAGGGCCGACACGGCGACAACCAUCGCCACGCUGAAAGCCGGCACUUCGCUGAUAUGGGCGGUGGCAAUCGCAAUAACGGUGACAGCAGGAACAGCAAUGAGGGCAGGAACAACGAGAACAGGAAUGGGGAGAACAGGAAGGAUGCCAACAGCCGAGACAACAAGACAGAUGGUUUUGCUGUCCCAGAGCCCCCAAAACGUAAGAAGAGCCGGUGGGACAGUUAAAAGCUGGUGUUUCACAGCCUGGAAUCUCUGCGGGUAGUGUUGUCUUUUGUUUCCAGAGGAUUUCUUGGGGUUUUUGGUAACUGUUUGUUGAGCAGCUGGGGGAGGAGAAGGAAACAGUGGAAACUCCCCGUGCAAGCGUGGGCCGGUACAUCUGCGGACAGGUUCCCUCUAAUGACGUGUACACACAGUGCUUAGUCCAAGAGAAAUCACUUUGAUAAAGCUCCCUGGGUUCUGCUUUUAAACAUUCAGUGCUCAAGUGACUCUGCCAGGUGUAAACAGAUCUUCUUGACGAGGAAGAAGCUGUUUCGUGUCCUUUGGAAUGUUAAGCAACUGUUGUCCAUAGAAGUAUAAAGUAGUCUUUUCUUAACCAGCGUUCACGUUUAAAAAAAACAGCCCAUCUAGAGAUGCUCAGGACCCACCUGUUAAACAUUAAUCUUUCAGCAAUUUGUUCGGUAUGGUGAGUUCUUCCCCAAUCUCUUCACGUGUUCUCUUACCCCUAAAUAAUUUGGUCUCCAGGUUGCCCCCAACAUCUCUCCCAUCGAGUCAGAAUGUAGCAGUUUGUGUUGCUGAAGGUGGGAUGAAGCAAGUUGAUUUUUCUUCUACUUCCUUUUUAAAAAUUCUUUCCUGGAGCUGUUCAAGGGAUCCUCGUGCAGCCCGGCUGACCACAGGCUCACAGCGGGAGAAGGGUGGGCCCUGCCUGGUCUGUGGUCAGUGCAUCAAUCCCAGUCCCAUUGCCCAGGUAUUUCUUUCUUCCAAAGAACCUCUUCUUUCCUAACAACCUGCAUUUUGGUGGCAGCCUGCAUAGCAAACUUCUCUCUGCUGUGCCUAUGCGCCCUCUGUUAGGAGAGGGCUGAGUGCUUGCUUCAAAUUCAGAACAAAAAAGGGAAAAAAUGUAGAUAUGCCACAAAAGUCAAGAGGCUGGUGACCCCGUGAAGCACAGCUAAGAGGCUUCGUUUAGAAAUUCAGGGACCUGCUGCUCAGAAGCCUUUAGGGACAACUUGGAAAGUGAUUGAUGAAGUGGAACAGCUCGAAUAUGGCCCCAUAUUGGACACGUACUGAAAACUGUAAAAUCUUGCUUGACCAUUUUUAACUCGUGUGUAUUAUCCGUUUUUUAACUUGUUUCUUUUGCGCCACAAGGAAAGGAAGAACUCUUGUUGAAACAUGUCAGCACCCACCUCUGUCUUGUUUCUACUGAAAGAAGGAUCAGAAACUGUCAGGUUUUUGUGAGAUUGUGAUGUUUUCUUUAUCAGCUGUGCAUUUACUUUCUGCUUGCUCUAGUAAAUGUUUUAUUACUGGGACAAAAA